AGCCCCUGUUAUCUACCUGCUCUAUGUCUACUUCUGUGUUUCCCACAUAGACCUUAACAAAAGAUGUUGUCACGAAAUCUUUUGAUUGCAUCUGCAGUUGUCUUCUUGGCCACUACAGUUUCAACAGCUCCAGUUGAAGAGAAAGAACCUGAGGACACUGAGGUCGAGACAGAGGAUGGGGAAGAGGAGGUGUCUGAGGAGGAUGCGGAUGAUGAUGAUGACUCAAGUCAGGAUUUGAAUAAGGGAACUGGAGCACAGCAUGCUACUACAGUAUCAAAAGACCUGGGUGCAACUCCUCACCCUGGAAUGUCUGCCGGCGAAUCUUCAAACGGUCAGAAACAUACAGCAGACAGUGCUGCCCAUUCGGGCCAGGACGCAUCAAGCAGUUCUUCUGCAGCUGGAGGAGUUAACGGGGAAUCCGGGAGAGAUCCCCACACCAUCUCUUCUGAUCCAGGUACUCAUGCCUCCACUGUAAAUGGAGGAAGUUCCACUUCAGAGGCGGGUGCUGCAGGUGCAGAGGAGCAUGGGAUUUCAGUGUCACAGGUCCAUGCUGAUUCUCACACCAGCAGUGUCUCGCAUGACUCGAGCAGUUCAGUUGCAGUACAUUCCCCCGAGCACUCACAUCCUGACCCUGCAGAGUCUGAUCCACAUUUGGGUGAAUCUCAGGUCGGAGGACAUGGUGAUCCCUUCCGUGACCCCUCUCAAAUUGAGGCACCAGGGUCUUCAUCAGCAGGCGCAGAGGUCCCUGAAACAGAGAAUAAUGGAAAUGGUCACAAACAUUUAGUCGGGGGACCAGUUGCAGAACAGACAGAUGUUGACCACUUUAUCGAAGGGACAACACAAAUAGACUCUACAGGUGGAGUUGAUGCAUUUGGAGGUUCUCACGGGGAACUCACAGGCAUAGUAGACCAAGCCAACGCAGAUUUCUUCAUAGACUUAAUGGGCGGAAUGGUGGAUGCUUUUGGCCCAGAUGCACACGUGGAUACCUUAGGUAUGCUUUCAGUCCUCACCGAGUCUCCUUCAGAAACUAUUCCCAAAUGCCUAAUCACUGAAGCUGUCUCAGCAGAUCACAUGGGCUUCACUUUUCCCUUAGAUCCAACAGCUGUCGGGUUGGAUCCAGGACAGCCGUCCAGUAGCAGCCGGGCUCCAGACGCUCCACCAGCAGGCUCACUCGAUCCUUCAUCCUUUGAUCACCAUAGUCCAGAUCUUUCUGGUGCGGACCACAGUGCAGUGGACCACACUCGUUUUGACCAUGUGAGUGUAGACCAUGCAGGUCUAGACUAUUGGCCUGAUGCCUUGGCCCACACACAUGUGGACGCAGGCACAGCUGACCAUAUCCACUCAAAUUCGGGCUUUACAGCAGAUGCCACAGAUCCAGCACUCCCAUCCGAUAUUAUGUUACAUGCAGAUCACUCCAUUAUUGAUUACCCAGAAGGUGGAGCUGAUACAACCAGCACUGACACUGCACAUUCAAAUGGUAAUGGUCGUCACAGACCAGUGACAGAGCCGCUCAGAGGGGACCAUCCUGGUUUUGAUAUCCAUCAUGACAGUUCGAGUACAGUGCACCAACCAAUUACUGCAGCAGACGCACCAGACACUGGUGAGCGGCAUGGCGUUGUUUCACCGCUGGACACGACAGCUGGGACAUUUGAGGGGAUCGACCACACUCACGGUCCGCAGACAGACAUGGCUGGAGGUCCCUCGGAUGCAGGUACUCAAGUGAUAGGUGCAGAUGCAGCAGGUGGGGAACCUGUGACUAAUGUCCAUAUCCAGGUGGAAGCAACAGCAAUGGGUGCCAUUUAUGGCUCAAGUCCACCGGACACUGUGGGCCAUGAGGGAGUGACCGAUGCUCAAGCCAGAUUCACAGAUUCUCAGUCUGGUCCCAGGCAUAGCUUUACAGAUAUGGUGGAUUCUCACAGUCUCCUCACUGAGACAGACGCACCAGUUACAGAGCAUGCACAUGGAGUCUUAGACCACACAGGUGUCAUGGACUCAGUAACAGCAGGUCCACAAGGAACUGUGGGAGGUUCAAGUCAGCCAGGAGUUACAGAACAGACACAAGCAGCUGUUUCCGCAGGUGAACAGUACAACACAUCUGGUCAGGGUCCUGAAGGUGCAGAAAAUGUGGAACUGGAGGAUACCUGCUGACUUUCACAUCAAGCCCCGUGUCCGCUUCCUACGAUACAGAUUCCAGUGUACUGACCAGUCAGCCCGACAGAGGACCACUGACCCAGACCACUAGCAAUAGUCUCUGUGUGUAUGCGUGUGUGUAUGUGUGUGUGUGAUUUUUUGACUAUUUAAACUUUAAGAUGACACUGUAACUUAACUUUUUACUGUGCAUGUUCAUAAGUACCCUGGAAUUUUUGAUGUAUUCAUUCAUGGGGAAGAGACCAUUGUGGGUAAUUGUUGGUUCAAAAAUGUACAAAAACAACAAAGUUAUUUCUUGCAAUUGUCUAAUUGCACUGUUCCAUAGCUCGGAUGUGUCAAAAAAUAUUAUUUGAGGUGUCUGAAUUGUACAUUAAUGAAUGAGUGUCAUGGAAGAGAGUCAAUCAUACAUUAAAUUUUACAUCUAUUUUGAACAUCAAAAAUGUAGAGCAUUUUGGUAUAAUAGAAAAUAGUGAGUCAUAAAAGCAUUAUGACAAGAAAUUUUAAAAUCUCUCCCAUUCAAGUAUGAAUAAUCCUUAACUCGUAAAACACACAUACAGAAUAUUCGCAAAGCUAUAAUUAU